AUGAAGAGGCGCAACGUGAAAACAAUGAGGGUUGCUAAUGAAAUUGGAGAUAGAGUACAACCUAAAAAGCCCCAAGCACAACACUCACUCCAAGAAAGUCUCCAUAACGUCCGGAUAAUCAUUCCUAUACUCCCCCGGAUUGUGCACGUGAUGGCCCAUCGAGUUCGAGGUCGAUAUUCGAGCAGGCAAAGUGAAGCUCCUCUUGAACUUUCCCUCCAUAUUCUUCGAGUAACUAUUAUCCAAGCUCAAGAACUCGUUCGGGUUACCACUAUUAUUAGUGUUACUGCUAUUACUAGGAUUGCUGUGCAAGCCCGAAGGCCCGUCCGGAUUGAACAGGAGCUUGGCCUCAUCGGCCCGGCCCGUGAGAGCGCCAAAGAAGGAAAGCCCAUUGGGCCACUUGAUGUCGUUUUCAUGGUCGGCCAUCAUGUGGGCCUCCAUUGGGCCGGGCUCGGCUGA